AUGGCCGUAGGCUCUCCUCCGCGCUAUUUCAAGAGACCCCUCCACCGCCGCAUUCCCUCUGAUCUCGCCGUUGUGCCAGAGGACACGCCCAUCAUGGCCGACCCAGAUGCCGCCAACCACCCCAAGUCGAGAUCCGAGCCCGAGCUUGGAGUUUCUGGCAUCUCAGCGCAGCCACUGACGGGCGACUCGACGCAUGCUGGCGCUGCGCUGUUGGGCGAUGCGAGGAGAUCGCCGCCCCCUACACCCGGCCUCUCGCGGACGCCGUCCUUCUCCAACAGCUCUGCCUACCAGGACGACUCCGACGCCGACGAUGCCUCCUUUUUCCCGCCCGUCGAGCGCCUCACCAUGUUCGACUUCAUCGAGAACCUAGCCCUCCAGCAGCGCGUCGAGAAGAUACAGAGCUCCAUCUCCGCCCAGACGGAGAGACUGAAGAAGGCUGCGCGGACCAGGGGCAUGAACACCAGAGACCGAGCCAUCGAAGAAUGGCGUCGCAGAGUGCCCACCGAGGGCGAGCAGCUGGACAAGUACAAGAAGCGAAUGCGCCAGUCGGUCGACCGCCUGAGCGAGCGGUGGACCUCCACUACCGCCGUCACAGCGCGCGAGAAGGCUUCCUUCAUCGGCGCGACUAUGAACAUAUUCGUUUCCGGAUACCUGGUGGGCGGGCGGCCUGAGUGGUUUCCCCUGUGGUACACGGUGCAGCUGCUCUACUUCAUGCCCAUCCGCUACUACACCUACCAUAAGAAGGGCUACCAUUACUUCCUCGCUGAUCUGUGCUAUUUCGUCAACUUCCUCCAAAUGCUCAGCCUUUGGGUCUUUCCGAGCUCAAAGCGCCUGUUCAUUAGCAUGUACUGCCUCGCCUUCGGGAACAACGCCAUUGCUAUUGCAAUGUGGCGCAACUCGCUAGUCUUCCAUUCAAUGGACAAAGUGGUCAGCCUAUUCAUCCACAUUAUGCCAUGCGUAACGCUCCAUUGCAUCGUUCAUCUUCUCUCGCCAGAGUAUCAGCAGCAACACUAUCCGGCCAUUUACAAUAUCCGCACUUCUUCUCCGGACGACCCGCAUCACUACAGCCUCGUUCAAAUGGUCACAUGGGCCACCAUCCCGUACGCUAUAUGGCAGCUUUCCUAUCACGCCUUCAUAACCGUCCGUCGCCGUGAGAAGAUUGCCGCAGGUCGCCCGACUUCCUUCACCUGGCUGCGCAAAUCGUACUCGAAGACGUGGAUCGGCAAAUUUGUCCUCUCCCUUCCCGAUUCUCUCCAGGAACCCGCUUUCAUGCUCAUCCAAUACUCGUACGCCUGCAUCACCAUGAUUCCAUGCCCUCUGUGGUUUUGGUCUCGGUGGGCUUCGGGCAUUUUCCUGACUGUUGUGUUCAUGUGGAGCGUGUACAACGGUGCGACUUACUACAUCGACGUUUUCGGUACGCGCUUCCAGAAGGAGCUUGAGGCGCUCAAGAAGGACGUCGCCAAGUGGCAGAACUCUCCUGAAGGAGGAUCUGGGCCCACGGCACCUGGAGAGGCGGUGAAGGAUAUUCCGCCCUUGGAGGGCAGUACUGGGACUAAGACUGCAGAUGGCGAGGUGAGAGAGAGAAAGUAA